GGUGCGCACCGCGUAACGAGCCGGAGGCGUCGCGAGGUGGCCGGGCGGGGAUGCUUGGAUCCACCGACCUAUAAGCGCCCGGCCGAGUGAGGACCGUCUGCAGCUCCUCCCGGGACCCCUCGCUCCGCAUCUGUUACCCGGAGAGCGCAUGAAUGGAUUCCCAACGGAAGAAGAAACGGACCGGCUUCACCAUCGGGCUGCUUUUCCUAUCCGGAGGGAUCGAGUAUGCGGUGAUCCUGCCAACCAUUUGGGCCUAUCUGCAAAAGCUCAAUGCUGAACCGUACUACUUGGGCCUGGCUCUCUCUGCCUUUAGCUUUGCUGGAUUAAUCACGGGUCCCUUCUUUGGAUACUGGUCCGACCGCACCCGUCGAACCAAGGGGAGCAUCAUGUUUGCCAACUUGUUUCAGAUAGCAGGAAACUUCAUGUACUUCGUGGGUGGCUCCAAAUGGAUGCUUCUCAGCAGCCGACUAGUAGCAGGUGUGGGGACUGGAGCAGGGGCCUCCAUCUUUGGCUACCUCACCCGCUCUACCACUUCGCAGGAGAGGUCCAAGGUCUUUGCCGCCGUCAUGGCAUGCCGCCAGGUUGGGCUGCUUAUUGGACCAGCCUGUAACCUUUUCCUGCGCCUCUGCAAUUUCCAUUUGGGGCCUUUUGUGGUGAAUAAGUUUACAUCCCCCGGGCUCUUCAUGUGCCUGGUGUGGAUUCUGCUCCAAGUUAUUGUGAUGCUGAUGUACUACGACAUACAGCCACCGACUCACACGGCAAGGAGUGUAUCAACGGUGCAGUGGGACGCCUUGGAAGACGAGCGGAAGCCACUGAUAGGCCACGAGGGCCGCCAAGGAGCGGCCACGGAAGGGAGCUGCUAUGGCAGCACCCCGGUGGGACCUCCACAACCUUCCCUUGGCGAUGACUGCCGGUAUGUGCCCAAUGGACACUUGGCAGAUGAAGAAUCGGCUGGAGAAGACAAGAACUCCUUCCUUCAAUUUGCCUCCAUGAAAGAAUAUUUGCGGGAAGAAGUGGUGGUUCUCCUCACCGCCCAGUUCAUUACUCUCUUCAAUCAAACGGCAUUGGAGACUAUGGUGACUCCAAUUACCCAGAAGUAUUUGAACUUUGGAGAACUGGAGAACAGCAUCAUGUAUUUCCUGUGUGGCGUGGAGGUCAUCGCUGGCUUCUUCCUGGUGCGCCUUCUCAGCGCCCGGCUCUCAGAUCGGAUCAUCUUACUGCUAGGCCUGGUCAUCUGCAACGUGGCCUGCGUGUGGUGCCUGCUGUUCCUGGCACACCCCCAGGGUACCUUUGCUGUACUCCUCGCGGAGCUGGUCAUAGGUGUCUUCUUGCAGGUCUUGGGCUUGCCCUUCGUCGCUGUCUCCCAAGUGUCGCUCUUUUCUAAAGUCACAGCGGAGAGGACUCAAGGUUUCAGCCAGGGUCUCCGUCGGUCUGUUGGGGGAAUUGCCACCAUCCUUGGGCCUCUGUGGGCUGGAGGAUUGACGGAUAAUCUGUACAUCAUGUUAGGUGUGAUGAUGGGCCUCCUCAGCCUCUUGAUGGUCAUGGUGGGCAUGUCCUACAAAUAUCUGGUCGAGGUCCCAAGUCAACAACCUUUGCCACGAACAACCCGGGAGGAGUCCCACUCGUGAGGAUCUGAUGACUCGCCCUGGGAGGGAUGGAGAAGCUCAUAUCCGGCCCCCCAGGUGAAGGAACUGCCAGCCAGCUGGCCAUGCCAAGGGGAACCACUUUGGCUUUCAAAUUCCAGGCUCGGGAACGUCAGGAGAAGCCGGCAAUGGCUCUGUCCACCUUAGUGAUGGAGGAGUCGGACGGAAUUUGUUUUAGUCUCUUUUUUUUCCACCAGAUAUUUCUGUUCUUUUUCGAUACCAGCCCAGCAGGACACCCAAGCGUUCUUUCUUCGGGGUGCUGUGUGCAGGAGAACAGAGAAGGUGUGGUUAGCCCCUCAGUUGAGCCAAAGACCCGUGCAAAACUAAAAUCCCGUUUUGCAGAAGAGAACAGCUCCUUGGCGAAUCUAAAACCCUUCUGCAAAAAGAGAAGAAACGCCCCGGCCUUUAAUCUUUACUUUCUUUUAAUUUAUUAUGACUUUUACGACUGACCCAUUGUUUUGCUGCUGCUGCUGUUGCUGCUACGGCUGCUGUUUUCACAGUUCUGUCCUUGAUGAUUGUUAAACCGCACUAGGAGGGCUGGAUGUUUUAUUUAUUAAAGUAUUU